UUGCAGAUUCACUGUGCAGUCAACCCAGCUGAAUUCCCUGUCACAGAGCUGCCCAUCUUUCAAGCCAUGACUUCGACAAGCUUUGACCCAUACCUCCCUCCAACCUACAAGAGGAAGGUAGCUGUGCGUAGUGCAGGAUAUGGAAUUGGAGGAGGAAUAGGAUCUAGAUCUGCCUUCUCCACCCGCUCUGCCCCAGUAACUUCCUAUGCAUCUUCCCGAAGAAGUUAUCCAACUUACACUAGAGCUACUUCAAGCUUCUCCACCCUACUUCCUGGUCUAGGUUCUGCGGCUGCCACCGAACUACGACUUGACCAAGCGGUCCAAGUCAGCUCUGAGUUCAAAGCUUUGAGGACCCAAGAGAAGGCUGAACUUCAAGACCUGAACGACCGCUUUGCAAGCUUCAUUGACAGGGUCCAUGAAUUGGAGCAGCAGAACCGGUUGCUGGAGGGUGAGCUUCUGUUGCUCAGGCAGAGACAGGCGGAGCCAUCCAAUCUGCGGAACCUCUAUGACCAUGAGAUCCGCCAGCUCCGUGCUGCCGUUGAAGAGGCCCGCCAUGAGAAGCAAGAGGCCCAGGACCACAGGGACGAGAUGGAGAAUGUGUUGAAGAAUCUGCAAAAACGCUACGAUGAUGAAUUUCAGGGUAGGGAGGAGGCCGAGAGUCGGCUUUUGGAUGCCAGGAAGGGAGCAGAUGAAGCUGCUCUGGGCCGGGCUGAGCUUGAGAAGAAGGUUGGGACCCUGCUAGAUGAGUUGUCCUUCCUGAAGCGACUCUGUGAGAGCGAGAUUGCAGAGCUGCAGGCCCAAAUACAGUACAGUGCAGAUGUGUCAGUGGAGAUGGAAGUCUCCAAGCCAGACUUAUCUGUUGCCCUUCGCGACAUUCGAGGCCAGUAUGAGAAGCUGGCACAACGCAACCGUCAAUCGGCUGAAGAAUGGUUCUGCAACAAGAUGAGCGUGAUGACCGCAGGCUCAGCAGCUCGCAACACUGAGAGUGCCCGCAACGUCAAAGAUGAAGCUGGAGAGUACCGUCGACUGCUCAAAGCCAGAACGCUGGAGAUCGAUGCCUGCCGUGACAUGAACCAGGCUCUGGAAAACCAACUACAGGAAGUUGAAGAAAAACAAAGUGCUGAGAUAUCCGCCUUGCAGGAUGCAAUAAAUGAGCUGGAGGAAGAGUUGAGGACAAACAAGAAUGACAUGGCUCGCUACUUGAAAGAUUAUCAAGACCUCUUGAAUGUGAAGAUGGCAUUGGAUAUUGAAAUUGCAGCAUAUAGGCAGCUUCUUGAAGGAGAGGAAAAUCGCCUAAAUGUGGCAGGAUCAGGACCACUCUCUGUGUACCCCCAAGUCAUGUAUUCUGCCCCAUCCUACGGAAGAACUCAAGUCUCCAUGCAAUCUCAGUUCACUUCCACAGCCCCAUUUCUCCUGAGCUCCCGCUUUUAUACCUCACCGCUCUCCACAGAGGAGGCAAUAUCUGCAAGCCAAGCACACCAGGCAGAAGCCAGCCCUCCUGAAGAGCAGGAGGAAGAAGAGGCGGAGGAGGAGGUAGAGGAGGAGCAGAAGGACGAAGGGGUAGAAGAGGACGAGGAGGUGGUGGGAGAGAAGGAGGAAGAACAAGAAGAGGGAGAUGAGGAAGCAAUUGGAGAAGAGUGUGAAGAAGAAGAUGGAGACAAAGAUGAUGAGGAACAAGGAGCAGAGGAGAGCCAGCCUCCAGAGGAGGGGGAAGCUGAACAGAAAGAAGAAGAUGGCGAUGAGGAGGGCGGAAAAGGGGUAGACGAAGAAACCGAAAAGGAGGAAGAGGAGGAUAAAGAAGAGAAAAGUUGUAAAACAACAGACAAAAAAGUUUAGAUUUGCUUAAUUGGUGCUUGACACGCAAGAUGUUUUAUCAAAUGAGAUGAAAAUCUCUUGAACCCAGAAAUGUUAAUCUUAAUGAGGCACUUGUGCCUCAUCUUGCUCUUAGCAUGAAUGCACGAACUGUAACAGCAAAGGAGUUGGGCAAGUGGUGAAGACAGAUGGUGUCAGGAGAUGAGAUUAUCAGCUUUGUGCAAGUUUAUUUUCAGGUAGUUCUCUGACACCAAAAUGUGCUCGUACAACUGUCUAUGUGCAAUACCCAGUUUAAAAUGCCUUAGCUCAAGUCCCCACUGAGUGCUCAAAGUCCAUCAUGUCCUGCAUUGAAAUCUAAUAAAGCCUUGAAGCCUUGUCAAC